GGAAGUGAACGUGGUGUGUGUUAGCGGUGUGGCUGAGCUGGUGCUGCCGGUGUCUUCAAACCGUGGUGAUUUAAAACUAUAAAUAGCCAUGUCUCCCGAUGAGUUGGUGUAUUUGGGAAUUCUUGCAGCCUCUAUUCCUGCUGGAUUCCUCUUCCGUUACCUCAGUCCACCUGUGAAGCAGGGGGCAGCUCUUCUCCUGGGCCUCUCUAUCACCAUCGCCACCUGUCACAUCCACACACUCCACUCUCUGGUGACGGUGAUUGGAACAUGGAUUAUUAUAAAGAGCAGCUGGCGGCAUGCCCCAGCAGUGAGCCUCAGCUGGACCUUUCUCUACCUCCUGUUCUUCCGACUGGUCACCUGGUUCGGUCUGCCACCGCCGACGCCUUUUGCUAAUGCCGUCCAGCUACUACUCACUCUCAAGAUGGUGAGUCUAGCCAACGAGGUGCACAGUUUCCACAUGGAGAAGAAAAAGGAAGUGAGCUCUUUUGCCAAGUCUCCUGUCAUUGGUGGGCUGUCUCAGGAGCCCUCUCUCUACGAUAUUCUGUCCUAUAGCUACUGUUAUGUGGGUAUAAUGACCGGUCCCUUCUUUCGCUUCCAAACGUACGUUGACUGGCUGACACAGCCAAGCCCGCUGGCCCUGCCCGGCUGGGUGCCAUGCCUGCAACGUUUGAAGCUGGUUCCUGUCUACGGCGUUCUGUUCCUGGCUGUCAACUCUGUCUUUCCGCUGGCUUAUGUUCGCACAGAUGAGUUCCUGGAUCAAAACUUUUUCUUUAGGUUGUUCUACAUGAUAGCGAUAUUCUUCGUGUUUAGGAUGCGUUUCUAUGCAGCGUGGUGUGGAGCUGAGGCUGGUUGUAUCAGUGCAGGUCUGGGCUGCUAUCCAGAAAAAGCACUGUCCAAACCCGGAGGAGGACCCACUGUCAACUACAGUCCUGAUCCAGCAGCUGAAGAGAAAUAUGACUUCAAAACCAUCCAGAACAUUGACUGCUACAACACUGACUUCUGUGUUAAAGUCAGACACGGUAUGCGCUACUGGAACAUGACCGUGCAGUGGUGGCUGCAUCACUACAUCUACCCCAACGCCCCCUUCAAAGCCUACACUCUGAGGGCUGGCUGGACCAUGUUCAUCAGCGCCUACUGGCAUGGACUACAUGCUGGCUACUACCUCUCCUUCCUCACCAUCCCCCUGUGCAUCGCAGCCGAGUCCGCCAUGGAGGCCUCUGUCCGAGCCAAACUGGGUCCUCGUGGGCAGAACAUCUUCGACUGGAUUCACUGGUUCUUAAAGAUGAGGGCUUACGACUACAUGUGCAUGGGCUUUGUGCUGCUGAAAGCCUCUGACACCAUCAACUACUGGAUGUCCAUCUACUUCGUCAUGCACGUCAUCGCUGUUUGCUGUAUAAUAUUGGGCAGGAUGCUGAAGGGAGGGAAAAGGGAAGGAAGGAGAGGGGACAAGGAGGAGAAAAGAGAGGGAGAGAAGACAGAGAAUGUGAAAGAGAAAACUGGAGAAAAAACAGACUGAAUGGAGGUACAUAAGGGAACUGGUUGGAUAUUGUUUUGGACGAGUCACUUCAACAUUAUUUGCACCUACACUCAUCUUUCUAGCAACAUACGCCACACAAGUCCAAUAAGAUUUCCUGUGAGAAAAGUUCAAGUUGAUUUUAUUAAAAAUACAGACAGACAAAAGUGUGAUGUGUAAAUCCCGGUAAAGUGUCACCACUGGAGACAUUUCAUAUGUGGACAUAUACAUAAAAGUACUGUGAACACUGGGACAGGAAUGUUUGAGCUCAACGAAUGUUACUUUGGUACUGUGAGUGGCAACGGGGGCAUCUGCCUGUAUUGUGUGUGUGAUUUUAUUUCAAGAUAAAAUGCUCAGUUUAAAGCAUUUCAGAACUGUUUUACUAGUGAAAAUUAGUUGAUUGACUUGAAGAUGCUGUUUUAAAGGCAAGUACCAGGGCCAGUCAAACAAUAACCAGUUUAACCUUCAGAAUGAUCUGACAAAUAGUUUCCAUUAUUAACAAAACAUUCCAACAGCACUCAAUGUUAUGUUACAGUAUGUUUAUAUCAGAGUAAAGAAUAGAUUGUCAUGGCAAAAAGAAAAUUAUCAUGGGGUCAUCAUCAAGGUUGCGCUGGCACGGCCUCAUUGAGGGAAUGGGAUUCCUCAAUCCCAUUGUGAGUCUAAUCUUCCCAUUUUCUACUGCUGCCAUUCUGCAUCUCAAAUCAGCACCUUGACUAUUUAUGGCUACAGCAAACACCCUAAAAAAUUAUAUUUCUGUGGCACUUAAAUGCAGAAAAUUGCAAUGUAGAACUUAAUGUGGAGCCUUUAUUAUCAGCAGAAAGCGGAAACAUAAGCAUCGAGGUGUACAAUGAAAUUAAACUAGUUUGAAGGAGCAAAGCAAUGUCCAGGUUACAUCUGUAUUGCUCCUUAAAUACAUUAGGAUUUCUGUAAGUGUUUAAACACCCUAAAGCAUGGCUGAAUAUUUCUGUGCAAUUUUACUUCCCUGAUCCAGUGAAUCCAAAAUGUUUCUCUGUUUUGAUGUUUGUUUUUUUUUCCUUACUGUGUUUCUGCCUGUAACUAAACAACUCAGAUCAUAUCAGGAACAUAUGCACUGACAUCUCUAUAGCAGUGUUGUAUUCGAUGUGCCCUGUGAGAGAUAGCAACAGUCUGUUCACUGCCAAAAUGUCUGUACUGCCAUUACGGACCAUUCAGGGUUGGGACCAAACAUUUGAUGCAAAAAGUGGAAAGUUUAACAUCAUAACUAUAAGCUGCCAAUGUAAGUCAUGAAUAACAGCACAGUCAGGGCUGGGCAAUAUGCUUGAAAUCUUUAUAAAAAUCUUAGUUAAAAGUUAUUUUCCAGUAUUGAUGUAUGUCACAAUAUGAAAAAUGUAUGCAAAGUCACAUAUAAGAUAAUCAAAGUGAUGUUCAAAGCAGUAAGCUGCCCCAAAGUUACAUAUUACACAUAACCACGCAUAAACAUUUAUUCAAACAACAGACAUUUCUAAAAUAAUGAAAUUUAUAAAUGGUAAUACUGAAUUAUCGCCCAGCCCUAACCAGAGUACACUUUGUACAUUUGAAAAGCACGUUGAGGGAUAUUUCAUUCACUCCUGUGUCAAAGCUUUACUGAAUCUCUGUUUUAUAUGAGUGUGACACAGCAGAAUCUGAGGGUCUUUUUUCCCUGUGUGUUCUGUCGUCUAAACCUUACUUGGAACUGAGAAAAUUUCAAUUAUAGAUUUCAAUACCCUUUGUCCCCUCUGUGCCAAACCUCAACCCUUUCAGAAACGGUUCCCUUUAUUUUUAUUAUUACUUCACAGUGAUGGUUAUGAAUUAUGGUCCCUCUGCUCUUCUCCAGACUAUUUAUUUUUCCUCCUUUUCUCUGUUUUGCUUGUCUUUGCCUUCACAUACUGAACCAACUGUAACACUCCCUGCUUUGUAACAGUGUUACAUGUGGAAUACAUAUCAGCAUUUCCUCAUGUUACUCACUCGUCUUUUCUUUUUUAAAAGUGUGCUCGAUAUGAUUACCUGUGAAUUAUUUGUUCAUUAGAAAGUUCAUAAUUACUUUGUGUAAUGCAUUAGGAUAAAGCUUGAAGAAAAAGGCU